UGUGCGCGCUUUAAAUAAUUUCAUCCUUUUGGCAAAAGAAAUAAUGCACCUGACUUUACCAGGGGGGAAACAACCGGCCGAGCAGAAUAAGGAACAGAUGUAAAAGGAAUAAAAGGAAAGAGAAAAAGAGACUCCUUUAAAGAAAUCCAGGGGCUGAAGAGGUGGCUGCCGCGGCAGAGGCAGCUAGAGCUUCGCUCCCCGUCUGCACGAGCUGCAGGCGGAGGGCGUUUUCACCAGUUGCAGAUGUAACCUCGGGAACUCCUGGGUCUGUUCGCUUGUUUGCCAAACAAAGUCUUUUCUUCUUUGGCUGAGACACCGAAGAGGCUCCCGGAUUUUCCUGCCAUCCCGCCACAAGCUGGCAGUUACCCGGGAGCCUUCCCCGGGAGCUGGCGGAGAAAUGAGCCCUUCAGGGCGGAGGAUGGGCGAAGGGCGUCAGCAGCCGGGGGCUCUCGCCGGGAAGCGCCUCCUGCUUCCCGGGAGGACAGGGGCUCCCUGCCGGCGGCCGGGCGGCGGCAGCGCCGGGGCGCAGCGCUUCCUGCUCGGGCUCUACGUGCACGCGUGGCUGUGGGCGGCCUCGGGCUCAUCCGCCCAGGUGUUCAACCUCAGCCUUUCCGUGGACGAGGGGCUUCCUCCGAACACUCUAGUCGGUGACAUCCGCGCCGGGCUGCCGGCCGCGCAGCAGCAGCAGGAGGGGGGCGGCUUCUUUCUAUCGGAGGAUUCGGAUGACUCCCCACUGCUGGACGACUUCCACGUGCAUCCGGACACGGGCAUCAUCCGCACGGCUCGGCGCCUGGACCGCGAGCGGCGGGACCACUAUACCUUCGUGGCCGCCACACUGCUGGGCGCCGUGGUGCAGGUGGAGAUCCGCGUCAACGACGUGAACGACCACUCGCCUCGCUUUCCCCGCGACUCCCUGCAACUCGACAUUUCCGAGCUCAGCCCGCCAGGUACCGCCUUCCGCCUGCCAGGCGCCGAAGACCCCGACGCCGGGUUGUUCAGCACACAGGGCUACACCCUCGUGCAGCCGUCCGAGCUUUCCGAGGACCCCGCAGGACCAUUCUUCCAGUUGCGCUACGGGACCCCGGGGUCACCACCUUCGCCGCCGGCCUCGUCGCCCCUGGAGCCCCUAGACCUGGUGCUUCUGCGGCGCUUGGACCGAGAGGCGGCGGCAGCACACGAACUGCAGAUAGAGGCGUGGGACGGCGGUCGCCCGCGGCGCACCGGCCACCUGCGGGUGGAGCUGCGGGUGCUGGAUGAGAACGACAACCCGCCGGUCUUUGAGCAGAGCGAGUACCGCGCCGCCGUGCGCGAGGACGCUCGGCCAGGCGCCGAGAUCUGCCGCGUGCGCGCCACCGACCGUGACCUGGGGCCCAACGGCCACGUGCGCUACAGCAUCCGCUCCCGGCAGGCUCCCGGGGGGGCGGGUGGCAGCGGCGGGCCGCUGGGCGACGCGGCCUACUUCGCGGUGGACGAGCUGAGCGGCGUGGUGCGGCUGCAGAGGCCGCUGGACCGCGAGGCGCAGGCCUGGCACCAGCUGGUGGUCGAGGCCCGCGACGGAGGUGCCGAGCCGGAAGUCGCCACCGUGCGCGUGUCCAUCGCCGUGCUGGACGUGAAUGACAACCGGCCCGCCAUUCAUCUGCUUUUCCUCACCGAGGGAGGCGCCGCGCGCGUCUCCGAGGGCGCUCGAGCUGGCGACUAUGUGGCUAGGGUCUCGGUGUCCGACGCGGAUGGCGACCCAGAGAAGGAAGAGGAGGCCGCAGGGGAACUUGGCGUGGGCUUAGAAAACGGGAGCAUCUCGCUGGUCUUGGAGGGCGGGGAGGGAGCCUUUGCGCUUCGGUCUGGAGGCUCCUCAGGAGUAUUCUUCCUUUGCGUGGAGGGGCCCCUAGACCGGGAGAGCCGAGACCUGUAUGAUUUGCGACUGGUGGCCACGGAUGCGGGAUCCCCUCCGCUGAGCACCGAGCAGACGCUGCUGCUCCGUGUUGCUGACCUCAAUGACCAGCCGCCUCUCUUCAGCCAGGAGCAUUACCGGGCCUCAGUGUCCGAGGCCGCGGUCCCCGGCACGGCGGUCUUGUGGGUCAGCGCCUCGGAUGCGGAUGAGCCUGGCACGGACCAUGCCCGACUGCGCUACACGCUGGUCCCUCUCCAGGCUCGCUGCAGCCCAGAGGCUCUGAGGCCCACCGCAGAGUGUGGACCGUCCUUCACCAUCGAUCCCGAAAGCGGUGUGAUCAGCACCACCCGGAGCCUGGACCGAGAGAUCCAGGAGGCGGUAGAGCUGAAAGUGGUGGCCCAGGACCUCGGAGAGCCCCCGCUCUCCGCCACCUGCCUGGUGAGCAUCGCCGUGGACGACGUGAAUGACAACGAGCCCGUCUUCCUGAGGCAGGUGUACAACACCACCCUUCCUGAGCACGCCCCAGUCGGACACUGCUUCCUGCAGGUAAAAGCCUCCGAUGCAGACGCAGGACUCUAUGGCUUUGUGGAAUAUUCUCUUUAUGCCGGAUUCCAAAGCUAUGAAGCGCCUCAAGCAUUCCAGAUCGACCCACUGGAUGGGCGAAUCUGCGUUUCUCAGGAUAUCGACAGGGAAAGAGACCCAGCCACCUAUGACCUCUUAGUGAAAGCUAAAGAUGGGGGUGGACUCGGCGCCCAAGCUUUUGUUCAUGUGGAACUGGAGGAUGUGAAUGAUAAUGAGCCCAUAUUUAACCCAUCAACCUACGUGACGAGCAUUAGCGGCCAGACCCAGCCGGGCUCUGAGAUCAUCAGCAUUCUCGCCACGGACAGGGAUUCCGGGGUAUACGGGACAGUGGCUUAUGAACUUGUUCUCGGAGACCUGUCAUCCUUUUUUGCCAUUGACUCCACCACAGGGAUUAUUUACUUAACAUCAACUGUUAGUCAUUUGGAAUCCAGUACACUUUUGCUGCUGGUCUGUGCUCGAGAUGGUGGUGGCCUCACUUCUGUCACUAAUGCCGAAGUCACUAUACACAUUCUUCAGACGACACUGGCGCCUGCUCAGUUUGAAAGGCCUAAGUAUACUUUCUCAGUUUAUGAAGAUGCGCCCGAAGACAGUCUUGUGGGAACAGUGAAAGCAAAGGAGUCCUUGAAUUCCUCAGAGCCAAUUUUUUACAGGAUCUCCUCUGGUGAUCUGGAUGGGAAGUUCUCCAUUCACCCGUGGCUGGGCACCAUUCGAACCCGGAAGCCUCUGGAUCACGAAACGCAGCCCGUGGUUGUGCUCACGGUCCAGGCGCAGCUCGGCAACUCCCCAGCCUGCAGCAGCACCGAGGUCAACAUCACCGUGGUCGAUGUCAAUGACAACCAUCCAGUGUUUCCCAAAGCCUCCGACGAGGUGACCAUAUCCUGGACCACCCCGCCCGGCACAGCCUUGUACCGCGCCCGCGCGGAGGACAAAGACAGCGGGCCCAGUGGGUUGGUCCGCUACGCCGUUGCCAGCCAGACCCCGAGCAUCUUUUCCGUGGACUCGGGGCUUGGUGUGGUGUACCUCAACCAGAGCCUGGGGGCCGGGGGGCCCCGGAAGUGCACGCUGACCCUCGUGGCCCAGGAUCUCGGCCUCCCUCCUCGGGCUUCCCUGUUGGUGCUGACGGUCAUCAUCGAAAAGCAAGAACCAAGCCCAUCGCUGACUUUUGAGCAUUUGGUCUAUCAGGUGGAAGUCAGUGAGGCUCUCUCACUGAUGACCCCAGUGCUGCGGAUCCAGGCCCGGCCGCUUGGCCCGCGGCGCGCACGCUCCCGGCCGCGGUACGCGCUCCAGCCCAGCGCGCACUCGGCCGCGUUCGGCGUCCGCCCCGACACGGGCUGGGUCUACCUGCGGCAGCACCUCGACCAUGAAUCCACACAAACACACAGUUUUAGAGUGUUUGCCUGGAUCCCGGAGGACAGAGUGUCGCAAAAUGUGAGCACUUCGGUAAUUGUUCAUGUCCUGGAUGAGAAUGACAAUUCCCCUACCUUCUUGCAUGAUGUCUUGUUUUUGAAAGUGGAGGAGAGCCCUGUUCCCCAAGGGGUAAUAGGCAAAAUUACAGCAAGUGACAGAGACGCGGGCAAGAAUGGACAACUGUCAUAUUUCCUUUUGUCUGAUGGAAAAUUCUUCAAGAUGAAUCCUAAUACAGGUGAACUCAUCAGUUGGGUGGCGCUGGAUCACGAGCAGCAGGUGCACCAUCAGGCGACUGUCCUAGCGACAGACCACGGCUCCCCACCGCGAAACGCCACCACGGUGGUUUACGUCUCAGUCACGGACAUCAAUGAUAACAGGCCGUAUUUCCCACAGUGCCUCCCUGGGAAGGAAUUACACAUUAAGGUUCUGGAAGGUCAGCCAGUAAAUAUGUUGGUUACAACUGUGUUUGCAAAGGAUCUUGAUGAAGGAAGCAAUGCAGAAGUUAUGUAUUCAAUAUCUUCAGAAGAUAGUUCUGAUCACUUCAAGAUUGAUGCCAACAGUGGUGAAAUCAGAACAGCUACGAUACUUUCACAUGAGUACAGACCUUCCUACAGGAUGACGGUUGUUGCCAGUGACCAGGGAGUACCUUCUCUUCAAGGACAGGCAGUUAUUAAUAUUCAGGUGGUAGCACUACCCAAAGGGGGAGCUCUCAUUUCUCAGAAUAUUAGACAUUUAGUUCUACCAGAAAACUUGAAGCCUGCGAAAGUAAUGAGCUUGAUAAAGUCACCUGAUCACCUUCAACACCAUCAUAAUGGAAAGUUACACUUCAGCAUUGCUGCCGAUGACAAGGAUGGCCACUUUGACAUCAACAGCUCGACAGGAGACUUAUUCCUCUCUAAGGAACUUGAUUAUGAAACGACAUCUCAUUAUCUUUUCAGGGUGAUAACUAAAGACCGUAGCAAAAACCCUCCCGUGAACAGCACAGUCUUCCUUAGUGUCGAUGUGGAAGAUCAGAACGACCAUUCGCCGUCUUUCCAGGAGGAGUUCAUUGUGAUAAGCGUGGAAGAGAAUGCCCCCGUCGGGACCCUGGUGCACGUCUUCAAUGCCAAAGACGGCGAUGGGAGUUUUCUGAACAGUAGAAUACAGUACUUCAUCGAAGCCCACCACCCUGGAGCGAAUCCGUUUCUCAUCCACCCCUCUUUUGGCACGUUGGUCACUGCAUCCCCGCUUGACAGAGAGAGCGUUCCAGCUGUCGUCCUGAUGGUGACUGCAUCCGAUCAGGCUGCGAACGUGACAGAGCGGCGACUGAGAUCGCUGACGGCCAAGGUGGUGAUUCUGGAUGUAAAUGACCACAGCCCCACUUUUAUAUCUUUCCCCAUCGCCCUUGUCAGAGAGGAUGCCCCCGUGGGCUCCUUGGUGCACCGCAUAACUGCUCAAGAUCCAGACGAAGGAAGGAAUGGAAGCGUGACGUUCAGCAUCCUCUCAGGAAAUGAAAACAUGGCCUUUGUUCUAGAUGGGGCAUCAGGUUUGCUAACUACAACUUGUCCUUUGGAUUAUGAGCUAAAUACCCAGCACAUUCUGACCCUUCUGGCAGUGGAUGAUGGAGUCCCAACACUUUCUUCAUCCCAGACUUUGACAAUUACGGUCCUGGAUGUAAAUGACGAGGCACCAGUAUUUAAGCAGCACCUGUAUGAAGCUUCAGUUAAAGAAAAUCAAAACGCAGGAGAGUUUGUCACAAGGGUUGAAGCUGUGGACAGAGAUUCAGGAAUCAAUUCCAAGCUUCAGUUUGAACUCAUGCCAGGUGCUUCAUCCGGGUUGUUCAAGAUAAAUCCUGUCACUGGAGAGGUAGUGACAGCCACCACACUGGACAGAGAAGUUCAGGAAGUCCUCACCCUUCGAGUACUUGUACGAGACGGGGGAGUCCCUACGCUGUCCGGCACCACAACGAUUCUCUGCACCGUGGAAGAUGAAAACGAUCAUGCACCGGAGAUUAUUGUACCCACCCGUGACAUUGAGGUUCUGGAAAACCGUGAGCCAGGACUUGUCUACACUGUUUUGGCCUCUGAUAUGGAUGCUGGCAGUAACGGAGCUGUUAGAUAUCACAUAAUUGAGGGAAACACCGAUGAGUGUUUUGCUGUCAAUGAAACGUCGGGAGAGCUCUCAACCACUCGCGCUUUGGACCGGGAGCAAGUCAGCGACUUCGCUCUAGUCAUCCUGUGCUCUGAUUUGGGGGAUCCACCCAGGAGUGCCGUCAUGCAGCUGCAGGUCAGAGUUCUGGAUGACAAUGACCACAGCCCUGCCUUCCCCAAGCUCCAUUACUGGUCCUCCGUGAGAGAGGAUGCUCAGGUGGGAACUGUGGUCCUUGUGCUCUCUGCUGUGGACAAGGAUGAAGGCCUGAAUGGGCAAACUGAGUAUUCUCUGGUGGAUGCGGCCCCUGGGGCGUUCACCAUUGAUCCCAUGACUGGCAUAUUGAGAACUGGCCACACCCUCGACCGAGAAGCCCGAUCUGAACACACGUUCAGGGCUGUGGCCAGAGACUGUGGCAUCCAGGGCUCGAGAAGCACCACAGCGAUUAUCCAAGUACAUGUCACUGAUGUUAAUGACAAUGAUCCAGUUUGGGAACAGAACCCCUUUGAUAUUUUUCUUUCCCGCCAGUCACCUACAAACCGGACAACUGCCAUCCUGAGAGCCAGUGACCCAGACUUGGGGCCCAACGGAACUGUCAUUUUUAGCUUUGCAGAGCCUCAGUCCAUAUUUUCAAUUAGUGAAUAUACAGGAGAAAUUCAGCUUCAGAAAAACCCAUCUUCAGAAUAUUUUCCUUUCUGGCUGCAAUUAAAAGUUAUGGACCAAGGGGUCCCAGCCAGGACAACCACUGGUCUCUUGGUCGUUCACAUGGAGGGAGAAGAUAUAAAGAUUUCCUUCAGCCAACGUCUAUAUAAGGCGAUUGUGACUGAAAAUUGUGAAGCAGGAACUUCUAUUGUGACUAUAAAAGCUUUUGUUCCUGACUCAAUUCGGGACACCAUUAAAUAUUCAGUUUUUAGUGGGAAUGAAGAUGGAAUUUUUGCCCUGUGCUCCAACUCAGGAGAACUCACUGUGAAAGAACCCACGUUUCUUGAUUUUGAAGUCAGAAGGGAAGUUCAGCUCAUUGUUGUAGCUCAAAGUGGGAGGCACAGAGCCUACAGCAAAGUAGCAGUCUUCAUCCAAGAUGUGAAUGACAAUUCACCACGCUUUGAGCAAAGUGUUUACCAAGUGUCAGUGUCUGAGGGCCAGUUCCACCAUGAUCCCAUCAUACAGGUUUUCGCCACAGACCUGGACAGCGGGUCAAACGGCCUUGUUGAGUAUUGCAUUCUUUCUGGCAACCAAGGGCAAGCAUUCCAGAUGGACACACUGAGCGGUGUGCUAACAGCAAACGCGAUUCUGGAUUACGAGGGCACCCACACCUAUCGCUUGAUUGUGCAAGCCACAGAUAAAGGGAGACCCAGGCUUUCUGGUACAAGUGUGAUUGAGAUACAGGUGACUGAUACAAAUGACAAUGCUCCGGAAUUUCUCCCCUCUGAAGCAGUGGAAAUUGCAGAAAAUUCUUUGCCUGGUGUAAUUGUGACUCGGAUAUCAGUUCAUGAUGUAGAUUCGAAUCCAGCUUUCAUCUUUAGUUUCGUCAAAGAGAGUAAUCCUGGAACCAAGUUUGCUGUUGAUCGGAACACAGGAGUAGUGGUGUUAGUGAAAACGCUGGAUUUUGAAGAGGCUACUGAAUAUGAGCUGCAGGUUCAAAUUUCUGACUUGGUGCAUCACACCGAGGGGACCCUCAUCGUCCAUGUGCUGGACAUCAAUGAUAAUGCACCAGUGUUUUCUCAAGACUCUUACCAGGUCACUGUUCCUGAAUCAGUGCCUGUGGGGUACCCGGUGCUGACCGUGGCGGCCACAGAUGUGGAAAGCAACGAGAACAUUUCCUACAGGAUCCUUCCCUCUUCUAAGACAUUUUCAGUUGAUCCUACAAAUGGCACAAUAUUUACCAUCAAUCCUGUCUUACUUCUGGAUAGAAAAUCAACCAUUCGAUUUCUUGUUGAAGCCAGUGACGGCGGAAUUCCUGACCUGAGGGCUGUUACCUUAGUGGAGAUAGAAAUACAAGAUAGGAACGAUUUUGCCCCUGAGUUUGCAAGAGACUAUUAUAACCUUAGCUUGAGUGAAGACACCGCAGUUGGAGGCACACUUGUCACCUUUUCAACCAUUGACCAUGACUGGACCCGUGAAAACAUGCACGUUGAAUAUUCCAUCAUCAGUGGUAACUCACAGAACAGCUUCCACGUGGAGACAAGUUUCAUUCAUUCCGAGGGUUCUUACAAGCCAGUUGGUUAUCUGGUGUUGCAUCACAGCCUGGACAGAGAAGCAGCCGCCAGUCACAAGCUGGUCAUUCUGGCGUCUGACCACGGCUGCCCUCCACUGAGCUCCUCAGCCACCGUGUCAAUAGAAGUACUCGACGUGGAUGAUAACCCCCCUACGUUCAGCAGCCUGGAGUAUCAUGCCCACGUCAAAGAAAGCACCCCUCCAGGGAGUCCCAUCACUGUGGUCUCAGCAAAUGACCGCGACGUGGCUUCCCACGCAGAAAUCACCUACCACCUGCUCUCUGGAAAUGAGAAGGGGCAUUUUCGCUUGGAAGAAAAAACCGGAGUUCUUUAUUUGAUUAAACUGCUGGAUUAUGAAGAAACAGUAAAAUUCACUUUAACCGUCCAAGCUUCUAAUAAAGAAAAGAAGCAUUUUUCUUUUGCAAUUGUGUUCAUCAGUGUCCUUGAUGACAAUGACCAUGCACCUCAGUUUAUGUUCCCCAGCUUAAACUGUGUCGUUCCUGAAAAUCGGCCUGUCUUCUCCACCAUCUGUUCUGUAAACGCUUUGGAUUUUGACACAGGUCCUUAUGGAGAACUGACCUAUUCUAUUGUAUCACCCUGCUCUGUCCCUCCCGAGGUGCCUCACGGCCGUGAUCUCUUCCUCAUUGACCCUUUAACAGGGGAUAUUCAUGCUAAGCAAGACCUUGACUAUGAAAAUGACCAAAAAUACUGCCUCACAGUUCAGGCAAAAGACAAGGGGGACUCCACAGCCUCCAUAAUGGUUUGGGUGGAUAUUGAAGGAAUAGAUGAGUUUGAACCCAUUUUCACUCAGGAUCAAUAUUUUUUCAACCUCCCCGAAAAGAAUAACGUAAGGCAGUUGAUUGGCAGAGUGGAAGCAUCAGAUGGAGACGCUGGUAUCGACGGAGUUAUUCUUUACUCCCUCGAAACCCCAUCUCCUUUCUUUUCAAUAAAUAAAACUACUGGAAAUAUUUAUUUGAGUCGAGCCCUUCCCCUAAUAAAAAGUCAAGUCAGCAAAGAAGACACCAUUGAAAUGAAAAUAAUUGCUCGUAGCCCCAAACCAGACUCCAAGUUUGCAUCGUGUACUGUUUUUGUGAAUGUGUCUUUCUCCUUGGAAGGAAAACACUCAGCAGGAUCCGCUAACAGCUUUUCCAUCAGUCUCAUAGUCUCCUUUUUAGCGUUUCUGUUACUCAUCUUCAUUCUCCUCGUGCUGAUUUUAAGACAUAAACCAAAAGAUGCAGUAAACAAUUAUGAAGAAAAGAAAACAUCGUCAUCCUUGGAUAUCCAUUUGAGACCAGCCGGGGAAGCCACUGUGCUCCAGCCCUUCCAGGACACUAAUGAGUACGGGAAUGAGGUGGUGCCCGUGGACUCCAUGCCUGAAUGGUUGAGUUUAAUAAGAAUCAUGGAGAAGGACAUUGCAGAUCUGUACAGGCACUCAAACUCCAGUGGCCACUGUUCUGUGGAAGGAGAAACUGCAGAAGAUAAGGAAAUCCAGAGGAUCAACGAUCACCCUUACAGAAAGGACUCUGACUCAGCUCUGAGUGAUCGGGAGUCCAGGGUGCCAGAUUCAGGAAUCCCAAGGGACUCAGACCAGCUCUCCUGUUUGUCUGGAGAAACUGAUGUGGUGGUCACCACUGAAAUAGCAGAUGCCAACCAUCCAUUUGAGGAAGGAGACCAAGGAGAAGGCUGUGGUGCAACCUAUGUUCAAAAUAAUGUGUUACUCCCGCCGCUAAAGAAGAGAGAGGGAAAAGAAGGCAUCCUGGCUGACAUCAGAAAAGAGGUCACCUUUAUUUCGGGUGAUCAGGAAGCGGGAUGUGCAGCUCCUUCAGCCCAGAGAAACUCUGAUCAUGAUGUCAGAAGCAGCUAUCACUGGGAUUGUCUCCUCAGCUGGGAACCCAAGUUCCAACCUCUUGCCUCAGUAUUUAAUGAUAUUGCAAAACUAAAGGAUGAGCAUUUACAUAUGCCUGACAUUCCAAAAGAGAAAUCUUUUGUUUUUCCACCACCUUUGAUAACAGCAGUAGCCCAGCCUGGGAUUAAAGCAGUGCCACCAAGAAUGCCAACCAUAACCCUGGGUCAGGUACUUCAGAAAUACCCACACUCCCCCAUUCACUACCAUCACAAUUCUCAGCCGGAAGCCAUGACUCCCAGUUUUUCUCCAUCCCUUUCCCUACUGACUGCGCAGACCCCCGUCGUGACUCCACUGCUGUCGGAUGGAGGGUUAUUAGGAACACAGCUGAGGGGUACCCACCAUGAACUUAAAGCAGCAGAUGAAGUUCAAAUAUAAAACAACUGUGAUGUCAAGCUCCUGCUCUCCCUUGGUCGUGAAUGAUUGGACGAAACAUUCCCAAGCAAGUUUCUCGAGAUUGAGUUCAUUUAUGUACGAGUGAGUGGUAUAAUUUAGUCUGGGUUUUUAGAACCCCCUCGUUUAAGUUCAUCAAAUUUAUUCCAGCCUUAAUGAGAAGUUACCCUGGCUUUUAACCUUUAUGUUUUGCUCUCAGGACUCAAGACUGUAUAUAUAUAUAUUAAAUAGUGUGUAUUCUGCCAUACCUGAUUUUCUGUAUGGUUACAUUGCCAAAGGACGCGAUGAACUUGACUGAUUGCCAAAAUGUUUACAGGAAAACAAAUGGAAGUAAAGUACACUGCAUUCUGGCCACAUGACAGUUGAUUGAUUAUACCACUAUUUAUAAGACAAAUUGGUGAAGACUGAAUAAUGAGUGUAGGACAGAAAGUAACAGAGAGGGGAAAUUUGGAAGGAUAAACAAAUUUUUAAAUGAAGCAGUUUUCUGCAGAGCUGAUAUAUUAGAGACGCAGGUCUCCACUUUGCCCCAGGUACCAAACUUGUGGAGUUUGGCCAUAACCCGAAUUUAAUAUGCUGUCUUUUGGAAAUCUGAUGAGAAAUUAAGAAUGAAAUUGGUCAUGUGCCAAAUACAAGAAUUAUUCCUGAUUAACCAGAAAUGCAUGUCUUAAUAGAGGGCAAGUAUUGAUAAAAGCAAUAGAUGGAUGGUUGGCUGCCACCUAAGACAUGUUUCCUUGGCCUUCUUUAGAAAUAGAAUGAUUUUUUUCAAAGCUCUGUCUUGUAACAUGG